GUAGCCCCAUAUUCCAUAGGUUAGGUUAGAUAAGUAGGUGGAAAAUUUACAAAAUUACACAUUCGAGGGUAUGAAAAUACGCUUAUACGUAGUCGCGUAGCAACGGCGAGGUGUUGAAAGUAAUGUGCCUGUCGGUGACACCUCGACUAUGGUGUCGGUUCUAGCACCGUGAUGAGCGAACAUCGAACACGUAGAGUUGGCAGAAUUUCGUGCGAAUACGAGUAAAAUUCGGUACCUACAUAUAUUAAUCGUUUCUCGGAAGUACCAAGCUGUCCGGUAUGAUAGCCGAAUGAUGAGCGGAGAUAUCGCGGAAUCGUCGUCGUCGAUCACCUCAUCGAUCAACAAACAAGCCAAAGAUAUCCUUCGUGUGACCGGUCAAAACGAAGUGAUACAGAGUUUCGUUCGUAACGAUGUGGGGCUGGAAUCUGAAGAAGGUGUGAAUCGAGAUCCCGCCAAGAAUGCUCUUUCCAAGGAGAAGAAAGGCGUCGGUGUCGCGUGGAGAUCCAACGAACUCAUUUCGCCCAAUGGCAGCGCUGAAAAGAAACGCGAUCAUAAAGAAGAGCCGGCUGCUAAAAGCAAUUCUGCCACACCUAUGUAUCAGCAACUUGGUCGAGAUGCUCAGGUACCCGAUCAAAAAGGAUCGAAUAGAAAGAACGCCAAUAAAUGGAAUCGCAGGCAGAGGUUACUCGAGGAAGUGUACACGGAUAAGGAUCGAGCAGCUGCUGUGAAUUUAGGUAGUCGAGAUAUCAAACAGUCUUUGAAACUGAAACGACGUCAGGAUCGGACUAGGAUUUUGGAGAUUUCAGAAGAAGCUCAUCCUGGCACGUUGCUCGCAUUGGCUAUACACAGAUUUAAAACCGGAGACGUCUACGUUGCUAUGAAAUUCGUCGAUAAGGCAUUGGAGCUGAAUCCGUACGAUAAAAAUGCUCUGGUUGCCAGAAGUAAAUGCCAUUUGAUGAUGGGUAAUGCAUCCUUGGCCUUGAAAGAUGCUGAACAAGCGUUGACCGAGGAUAAAUCGUUUAUUAAAGGAUUGUAUCAAAAAGCAGAAGCUCUUUAUCAUUUGGCCCAAUUUGAGUACAGUUUGAUGUAUUUUCAUCGGGGCCUUCAUAUUCGUCCACAAAUGGAGAAUUUCCGAUUGGGGGUGCAUAAAGCUCAACAGGCUAUAUUGAAUACCAUUGGUAAAUCCGUACCCAGCUUCGAAAAAUUUCUCACCCAGAGAUCACAAUUUAAUCCCGAACAAACUUACCAAAGUCAAGAAAGCUUUUCGCAUAAAUUAGAUUUACCUUCAACAACGCAAUCAAACGUGAAUUUACAGCGUGAUAAAAAAUUACUCAAAGAACUCCACGCCGAUAAAAUUUAUCUGGAGAAAUUAAUGCGAAACCCAGAUCUCGCUUGUUUAAGCGGUAAAUAUAAACCAGAUAAUAAAAUCUUAGCCGAAGCUAAAGAAGGAAUGGAGUUUUUACAAAACCGACAAUACUUUUGGAAACAGCAGCAGGCUCUGGUAACCGUCAAAGCAGCCGGUUCAGCUUCGAGUAAAUUAGCCAAGAAUCGAACUAGUUCAUCAGCUAAACCGCUUAAAAAUGGAUCCCGUAGUUAACCCGAUAA